AAGUUCGCAAUUCGCCUGAAUACAACUCAUUGGCUGAAUGAGCCUUAGCCAAGGCCAAUGCCACUACAAGUUCGUUGGAACAGGAUUGACAUGCCUGUCUAUCAUGUAGUAGUGCAUUCGCAAUAUUUUGAAAUGCUCAUCACCCCUUAUCAUCUUUCUCAUUGUGCUGCUGCUAUCUGAGCAUUCGUUCUCCAUACUCCAUUGACAUUUUGCCGUCGCAAACGGGGUCGAUUUCAUUGUAUAUAUCUUAAAUUUUCGAGUACAUCCUAUGUACUCUGUAAUCAUUACCAAAGCUCGGGGAGGUUUGGAUGGAAUUCGAGUCCAGCCUUGUCACUCAUAAGGCUUGGUGGUAAUACUCCUCUCCUUCUGCGACUCAAUGUUCAUGGUAGGAUUUUCAAUCCAGCGUGAAUUCUCUCGAUAAGUCAUUGGUUUAUAGGGGCAACUGGGAAAUCUUUGUCUUAUGACCUUUUGAUUUCCUUAUACUUCGGAGGGGUUCAAGGGACCCAUUGAGUCAGCAUGGCUACCCCCAAUGCCGACUCGUCCGAUAUCUCGGCAGAGGAGUGCGAGCGCUGUUUUGCCUUUUUACAAACCAUUGACGGACAAGAGUUUCUACAAGCAUGUUACGAGGAACGCGAAGAGCGAAAACGUAUCAGCAAACCAAACACCAUCCACGGAAAACUCUUGAAACUCUCUGAGGUUCGGAAGCAUCGCGAAUGGGAAGCACACAAACGCGAUAUCUUCUUCUUUUACAUGCGAAAUUACAGCUCCGCAGGCAUAUUACGAGAGAUCGUUGCGACAGGCUACCGGUUCUCAAGUCAAUCACCUCGAACUUGUGACAAUAGAUUAGAGGCAUGGGGCUACCCUCUUAAUCCACAUUCCAGACAGAUAUUUUUGAGUCGACUACGAGAGAAAGCAGCAGCUUGGGAGAGAAAAUUUCAACUUGACCUUCGGAAUGAUCUCUCGGUAGUAUCUGACCUAUCGAAUUUAGAAACAGUUGCUGUUCCCAGUCAUAUCCACCUCAAUGUAUUCAACACACCAUUUGGAUUUGAAGAUUCUCCAACUCUUGGCACGACUAAAGGAAAGACAAUAACCGAUGUCAUAGAACCACUUGACCACAAAGCGUCGAAAUCCGUUAUGCCACAAGGCUCUACAAUUCUGGACCAUACUUUCCAAUUGGAUAGUGUUUCGCCGAGAAAUUUUGACGAAGUCACCAAUGGGCAAAUUCCAAUGGACCCUGGCUUGCCUUCUUCGGCAAGUUCAUUCAUCUCACAGGAAGUCAUUGGCUGGGCCGAAACUCAAAACAAUAACGAUGUAUCCCCCAAAUAUAUCAACCCCAGUGUGUUAACUGCACCACCAAUCUCGUCUGUCACAUCUGAUGCCGAUUCUGGCUAUUACUCGAUGGAAGUGGUAGAGAAACUCUUAGGGUAUCAAGAAGUAGAUGACAGCAUACAAGAGGAACAGGAGGCCUCUGUUGAUGGAGAAUUUGACAUGGUUGACCCUAGACCUGAUAGUCCGGAUCAAGCUUAUUACCAACUCUUCGACGCUAACUCCAUGAUUCCAUCGAAUGAAAUGAACUCUCUUCUACGACAGAAGCUAGAUUCUCCACGUCGAUCAUCUAUACUACACACGAUUCCUUGCAGGAACGAUCACAUGGAUAUUGCACUCGGCAAGAGAACUGUAUGCGAAUGUGGGGUUACUCAAGUCCAUGCUGUUUGCCUCUGCAUGAUCGAUUUACCUGACCAUCAAAUUCUCACAAUACUAGGACAUGUCUUCAGCAAAGACAAGAUUGAUGGGGCAGGAAAUACUCCACUCCACUAUGUUGCAGCAGCUGGGCGAAAGGAUGUCCUUGAAUACAUGAUUACGUCAGGCAUUGACCCAGGACGAUUGAACACUAUUGGCCAGAGCUUCUUACAUGUUUUGGACGCCAGCCGUUUUAGUGAUGAUUUGAUCAACUUUCUUACGAUGUUCAAAGAUACUGGUUUACUGGAGCAACGUGAUCAUAAUGGUCGAACGGUUCUUCAUGGUCUUCUUCGAAAUCCAAUACUGCCCCACGUGUACCAUGACCUAGUGGAUUUUUACCGACCCGAAAGAGCAAUACAAUUUUCGCUUCGGGACAAUCAAGGUCUGACAGCAGCACAACAUAUUCGAAACGUUGCUGAAGCUCAAAAUCCUUAUGCAUCAUAUGGCCAUGUCGGCUACGCUCAAGCUAUAGUAGUCUACGAAAAUAUCGCCAAUCGAUUCAUUACACAAACUGAAAUCCCUGGUAACUCUAUUGAGGAGACACAAAACCGUAUUGCGGUUCUUAGAAAUUCCAACCCUGAUGUGGCGGAUUCUGUUCCAAAUACCGAGGAUAGUACGGGUAGUAAUGCUCUCCAUUGCUUGGUCCUACCACCCAGAACUUGUACUCUGGAAGAUACCGAAAGAAUCCUCGAUAAGCUAAAGCAGUACAUAUUUUUCGGAGCAGACAUCAAUCAUUAUGAUCAAGCCGGUAGAACACCGCUUCUCGCAGCCAUCAUCGAAUCUACAUCUCCCACAAAUGAAUCCGCCACCAAAGCAGUCGUCGAAUUACUUUGCCAGAGGGGUGCUAAUGUCUUUCAGAAGGAUCGAGAUGGCCACACUGCAUUAUACCACGCGAUACGCAAAGGUUAUUGUGACUGUGUUGCCAUUCUACUUCAGCACGGAGCUCAUGUGAAUUGUAGAGCACCAAAUGGACGCAGUUAUCGAAUGGCUGCGCAGGAUUAUUUACAGGAACAUCUAUCAGCAAAUGAUCAGGAAGGAUUUAAUAAAUUACAAAAACGACUGGCUGUUGUAUCAGCCUUGGUCGCUUAUAGAGCUGUAUUGGAGCCAACUCUACUCCAAGCCUGGGGUGUUGAUGAGACGUGAGAGUAAUUGAGGGAAGAGAUACAUUGUUAUCGUAAUUCCAUUAACUGUGAGGCUAUGAUAUGGUGACGGUCUAAUCAAGCGAGCGGUGGAUUUUGGGUUGAGAAGCCUUUCAAUCGUCUCCUUCCACACGACUACCUUGUUCUUACCUCAAAUUGUCUACAACCUCUCAAACACUGACUGGCGCACACUCGAUUCUCCACAUCUAAUACCGCCAGAACUCCAAGUUUGGAUAGAUUCCCUCUGAAUUUCGCGACGAUUUUGGCAAUCCUCACUCAAUGGUACACUUUUGAACGAGUCAUCAAUAUCUUCAAAAUUCCUGAGACGUAUCAUGUAGCUUCAGUAUAUAAGCCAAUAAAGGGGUCAGAAAAAGCAGAGUUCUCAGUGCCACUAAGCUCGCCGAAGAAAAGAUACUGGAGAUGAAUGGGGGAAUUAGUACAUAAAGGGAAGCUAAGCGAAAGAUGGAGUAAUUUAUUGCCUGAAGAUCGGUAUCUCCAGCAAACUCGUCUGGUGACAUGAUAUACAAUAUAUAUGAUAGAUAGUGAGCCAGUUGGCUGAAGGGUUUGGCCAGGAAACAAGUAAUUGUAGCCUUGGUCUCUUUGUCGAAUAUUUCUCAUGAGAUUAUAUAUCCAUGCAUGGAAUCUUCAAAUGGUUCUAACAAUUGCGAGUUUAUUUGUCUCUUAGGAUGUCAUAAUAUUCGAUGGGCGACUUCCAAUUUAAUGUAUAUUCAAGUAUGGAUCUGAAAGUCUGAGGGUGCAGCUGAUCGCACAAGACGAAGUUGGUUAAUGAUUUUGGAUUAAUAGAAUAAGAGAAAUUGUAUUUAUCCACUCAGAGUAUAAAUCAAAAGUUCCUCA